AUGGAUAUGCAAUUUUGCGCUCAGUCUAACUUCAACCCGAUGUUCAACCUGAACCAUGGACAAGGAACCACCAUGCAGUACUCCGAGGGCCAAUAUCCGGUAUACCACGGCUUCCACGGUCUUCAAUACAUGUACCCCCCUCAUCCUUCGCGUAAUCAUCGCAUGCCAGAGCAUAACUCCCAGGGCGAUGGCAAGACGGAGUCCAAACCAAGACUAUCCAAGGAAGAGGUUGAGAAGCUGGAGAAGGUCUUUCAGGAAAACCCCAAGCCGUCCAGCUCAGUAAAGGCUCAGCUGGCCGAUGGCUUGGGCUUGGAACGACCAAGAAUUAAUAAUUGGUUUCAAAACAGACGGGCAAAGGCGAAGCAAGAGAGGAAGCAGGAGGAAUACGAGGCUCGCAGGGCUGCCGAGAAGACAUCGUCUGAGCCCAAUUCGCCCAUUGAUCCCACGUCUGGAGUUUCGGAGCUGUUCAACGACGAUCUUCACCAGCGCAUGAAGCCUUCAUCUGCUCUCUUCCCAGGCCUGAGCUCAGCUUCACUCACUGCGGAUGCUCUGUAUGACGACAGCAAUUAUGAGGACGAUGCCACGGGCGACUCCGAGGACUUUGGCUCGCCCUUCGCACAGCCUGCCAAGCCUCAUCAGGAUGACGUUGAGGGUGACUUCCAAUCGCCCCUGUCUCUCGACUACUCUCGUUCCGACAACGGUGAAUUUGCCUACACGCCAGCCAGCCAGAACUUCAGCCACGAAGGUCAAAUACACACAUACGCCCCCUUUAUGCCAUCGCAUCAAAACUCGAGAGGGCAUUUGGAUGGAGGCGGGGCUUUCGGCGGGGUCGUGGACGAAUUGCCGUCAUCGGAGGAACAGUCCAAGCAUGGCGAUUACCAGGCUACCCAUUACCUGAACCCGGUGAGUGCAGGGUAUACUGGCCCCACCUUGCCAUUCUUCGCAACGACGACGAUCGAGGAGCAGAAGUUGGAAGAAGCCGCGGCAGAGACACAGCAAAGGAGAACACCCGAGGGCGUGUCAGAUGAUGGCAUGAAGCCGGAACAGCAGUCGACUCCUUCGAUUUGUCUGGGUCUUGCAACACCAGGCGACUCGUUCAAAUCGCCACCUCCUCCCGCCAACAUUGCAUCUCGUCGCAACAUCCCACGACCCGCGGCCCUCAACUCUGCCGCACUACGUAGCCUCUCAUACAACCUCGGCGGUGGUGCCAAGACGGCCAUGGAGGGCUCGAGACGAGCCGACCCCUCAAGCCCUGCCACCGCCAUGCGCAGGAUCGCUUCCACCAAUGGUCCGCUGACGGGUAGGAUCCAGAAGUCAAGCGCAGGCCCACGAUCUCCCAUGUAUUUCAACAGAAACACCGAGGCCCUUCUCCACUAUCACUCGCGGUCUCCUGGCAGCACAAUUGGCUCGACCUUUUCAGGUGCUGCCCCCCCAACGCCCAUGACACCCCUGGUCAUGAGUCAGCAAGGCAUGCGUGAACCCACUGUCACGUCCAAUUGUUCCGAGGACGAGGGAUUCAUGCUUGGCACUAGCAUUUCUGGGGUGUCAGCAGCUGGCCUCAUGCAUGAUCUGAAGGCCGAGCCCUUGAAGACACCUCCGGGCACACCGGGAUUAAUGACCAAUUUUGGCUACAACUUCGGCGGGCAUCCGUUCAGCGCAGGCACCGACUUCUCGGCGGAUCAGCCAUUAUUGACGCCAUACUUCCGAACCGAGUUUCCAGACCUCCCGCUGCGGAAUUUUCCAAGCUACGUCGACCUCAGUGAUGCAAGCCUGCCAUCCACUCCGGCAUUUCCCCACAUGAUGAGCUUGGCUCAGGACCACGGUCAAUUUGUCGGCCCUGUACUUGGCACCUCUCGGGAGUAUGACUGGGACGCGAACGAAUCAGUAACCUCAUCCAAGUCCUCGCCUGGCCAACCGAGAUCACGGGCGAUACAAUUCACGCAGAAUAUGACCCCGCAGGACUACACAUCCAUCCAGGAGAAGUAG